AUGGCAUCCAAUAUCUUACAGCUCCCAUUCCGACGUUCCCACACCGUCUCGCUAUCGGAUGCGAUCACGCAGUACAUAUCCUCCAAAUAUGACCAGCGCCCGGACAUGUUCGCAGACGAUCUAAUGAUCAUCGACCGUCUCCGCACCGAGGCUGUGAGUGUCCAGGAACCGCACGUCAGCGGUAUCAGUCGACUCGUCACGUACGCGGCACAGCUGAAAUGGUUAGGAGGAAAGUUUCCAAUCGAUGUGGGGGUCGACUUUUCGUGGUAUCCAGCUUUGGGAUUCAAUACUACCAGACCUGUAUCGCAGAAUAAUUUGCGAUUCGAGCUGGCGAAUAUUCUUUUCAAUCUUGCAGCGCUGUACUCGCAACUUGCAUAUGCGCUGAAUCGAACUACGGCAGAUGGACUCAAGCAGGCUUGCAAUUAUUCCUGCCAAGCCGCUGGUGUACUGAAUCAUCUCCGAACCGAUAUCAUCCCCGACCUGCGACAAGAGUGCUUUUGGCAGAAAGCUGUGAAGGAUGGACUCAAAGAUGCCUCGAUUGCACGCCUUGCUGCGAAAGUCUCCGAUUUCUACGGUGACACGGGGGACUUGGCUGUCAAGUCUGAUGCGAUAAGCACGGAAUGGAUCCACCACAUGAAUGCAAAGCACCACCACUUUGCAGCUGCAGCCCAAUAUCGGCAGUCAUUGGACUGCUUGGAAAAGCGGAAGUACGGCGAGGAGGUGGCAAGAUUACGCGACAGCCUGAAUUGCGUCAAUGAAGGCCUCAAGGAGUCACGAUGGAUCAACCGGACAGUCCUAGGUGACCUGAAUGGGCUUAAGGGCCGUGUUGCAGAUGACUUGAAGCGCGCCGAGAAGGACAACGAUGUGAUUUACCUCAGUCCCGUGCCGCCCAAGUCUGAACUCAAAAGUAUUGACCGUGCGAGUAUGGUUGCUUCCAAAGCACCUUCUCAGGUCACUGAUGCCAUUUCCAUGCUCGGUGACAAUGGGCCAUUAGGACAGCCGCUAUUUGCAAAGCUGGUUCCGUAUGCCGUGCACAUCGCGGCUAGCAUCUAUUCGGACCGUCGAGACCGAUUGGUCAAUGAAUCACUCAUUGGCGAAUUGGAGUCGAUGACGGAUAGGCUACGUGAUCUGCUUUCAUCGCUGAAUUUGCCUGGAUCCCUGCAAGCUCUCGAGAAGCCGUUGGGUCUCCCACCAACCCUGGUCUCCCAUGCCGAGGAAAUGCGCCAACAAGAUGGUCUGAAUCGUCUUCGGCGAUCUGUCGAAGACACUGCGACGGUCAAAUCCAAUGAUCGAUCCGUAUAUAAUGAAGGUGUUGAGCUCCUAGCUGCUGAAAAGGCCGAGGAUAAUGCUGCCCGUCGCAAAUAUGGCACCGAACGUUGGAAUCGCGCGACAUCCGAGGCUGCUGCUCCAAAGAUCUAUAACUCGUCCAUCGAGAUCAAUGGCUACUUUACGUCUGCGCAAAGCAGUGACGAUCUGGUCGAGCGUAAGCUUCGAGACUCGGAAUCUGUGUUCCGUGUCUUGACGGGUUCAAAUCGCGAUCUCGAGUCCUAUGUCCCGAGCAGCCGCAGGGCAACAAUACCCCAGGAGGUGGAGCGGGAGAUCAUUAAGCUGCGCAGCUGUCUUAGUGAAGUCAGCCGGAUGGAGAAUCGGCGACGACGACGAGUUCAGGCGUGGAAGGACAAGGCUCGCGCCGAUGACAUUCACCCUGCUCUUCUCAAAGCGACCGCCCGGCUCGAGCGAGAGUUCCCCAUGCAGGCCAUCCAAGCAAGCCAAUUCGAAGAUCUGUUCGAGGAACAACUGCGACUGUACGAUGUCGAUCGCGACAUGCUGGCCCAAGAGCGCAGAGACCAGGAGCAGCUCUCAGAUGAGAUUCGCGAAGCCAACCGUGCUUUCACACGGGCAUACACCGGGGAUGCAUCGACGAAGGAACGAGAGAUGGCCCUUCAAGAGCUGGAGAACGGAUACCUGAAAUACAAGGAGAUCAUUUCCAACCUGGAGGUUGGACGCAAGUUCUAUAAUGAUCUAGCCAAAAUCGUUGGUCGCUUCCGCGACGAUGCAAAGGCAUUCGUGCAUCAGCGACGGAUGGAGGCCAGCCAACUCGAAGCGGAGAUUUCGAACGUCACCGCUAUGGCAUCACUGCACCUUAACCAGCCUCAUCUUCGCCAGCCCUCUUACCAGCCGUCUCACCAGCCCACUCGUGCACACCAGUCUCCAUCCGCGUUCGCAUCGGCAACCGCCCCGCCCUCGCAGCCCCCGUCGCAGCCUCCACCGCCAGUUCAGGCCCAUCGAGCAUCAGAUACGGCGGCUCCUCUUACCGCGCCCCAACCAAUGCGAGCAGCGGUCGCACCCCCGUCGGUCCCCACCCCCGGCAUCUGGAGCCCAGAGAUGGGCAUUCGUUUUGGAUCAGCCGGAGCACCCCCAGGUGCGACGGCGCCUGCAGGAACAACUCCAGGUGGCCAGCCCGGUCGUGCACAGACGGGACCCUGGGACCCUAACCAGGGCAUCCGAUUCGCGUAA